CCUCCUCCUCCCUUCUUCUCCUCUUCUUCUUCAGGAGAAGACGACUGAACUAUGACCUUCAAUCUAACUUCUGUCAAGACCUCAUCCAAUGGAAUUUGGCAAGGAGAUAAUCCCUUGGACUACGCCUUCCCUCUCCUCAUCAUCCAGAUCACUCUAGUCCUCGUCGUCGGCCGUUCCCUGGCCUUCCUCCUUAAACCUCUCCGGCAACCCAACGUCAUUGCAGAGAUUGUCGGUGGAAUUCUACUUGGACCAUCGGCUCUUGGCCGGAACAAAACUUUUUUACACAAAAUCUUCCCAUCAUGGAGUACUCCCAUACUUGAAUCCGUCGCAAGCAUCGGACUCUUAUUCUUUCUAUUCCUAGUCGGUCUCGAGCUUGAUCUGAAUUCUAUAAGACGAAGCGGUAGAAAAGCUUUCGCAAUCGCCGCCGCCGGAAUCUCCCUACCUUUCACAUGCGGCGUUGGGGUUGCUUUUGUUCUUCGCUCAACCGUGGAAGGAGCGAAACAAGCCGGUUACAUUCAAUUCCUUGUAUUCAUGGGAGUUUCUCUAUCAAUCACGGCUUUCCCUGUCCUAGCGCGCAUUUUGGCCGAGCUUAAACUGCUCACUACUCAAAUGGGCGAAACUGCCAUGGCUGCAGCGGCGUUUAAUGACUUGGUGGCUUGGGUUCUUUUAGCUCUGGCCGUGGCUCUAGCGGGGAACGGUAAUGGUGGGGGCCACAAGAGUCCAAUAUUGUGUGUGUGGGUGUUAUUGUCAGGGGUGGCUUUUGUGGUGUUUAUGUUGGCGGUGAUCCAGCCGGUGAUGACGUGGAUUGGCCAGCGGUGUUCGCAAGAAGAGGUGAACGAAGGUUACAUAGCGUUAACAUUGGGAGGCGUUUUGGUGUCGGGUUUCAUGACGGACUUUAUAGGGAUACAUUCGAUAUUUGGGGCGUUCGUGUUCGGCCUGACGAUACCUAAAGAGGGAGAGUUUGCGAGGAAGCUUAUCGAGAGGAUAGAGGAUUUCGUGUCUGGGCUUUUACUGCCUCUUUACUUCGCGUCCAGUGGACUCAAGACGGACGUGACGAAGAUACACGGUGCGGAGGCGUGGGGGUUGUUGGUGCUCGUCAUUACGACCGCUUGUGUUGGGAAGAUACUUGGAACCUUCGUGGCUGCCAUGUUAAGUAAGAUACCUGCGAGAGAGUCGUUGACGCUUGGGGUGCUGAUGAAUACUAAGGGCUUAGUGGAGCUCAUUGUUCUCAACAUUGGGAAAGAAAAGAAGGUACUGAACGAUGAGAUAUUUGCCAUCUUGGUACUGAUGGCACUCUUCACCACAUUCAUCACCACUCCAACGGUUAUGAUGCUCUACAAGCCUGCGCGCCGCCCAGGCCUCCCUGCCCAACGCAAGCUCCAGCGUGAGUCCCCAUCCAAAGCCAAAGCCAAAGACAAGCUACGCAUCCUGGCCUGUGUACACGGCCCUGGAAACGUACCCUCACUCAUCAACCUCAUCGAGUCCAUUCGUGGAAACAAGAAAUCCCCUCUUAAGCUUUACAUCAUGCACCUGGUGGAACUUACUGAGCGAACCUCCUCCAUCAUCAUGGCCCAACGCGCUCGUAGGAACGGCCUCCCUUUCAUCGACCGUCUACGCAGGGGAGACUCCCACGACGGCGUAACCGUAGCCUUCGAGGCUUACGGCCAACUCGGCCGAGUCAAGGUUCGGACCAUGACUGCCAUCUCGGCCCUACACACUAUGCACGAGGAUGUUUGCCAAGUGGCGGAGAAGAAGCAGGUGAGCAUGAUCAUCCUGCCCUUCCAUAAGCAGGGCGGUGGAGACGGGUCUGGGUCCGGGUCGGGUGGGCUGGAGAACGUGGGUCACAGCUGGAGGGUUGUGAACCAGAGGAUCCUUAAGGACUCACCGUGCUCCGUGGCAGUUCUGGUGAACCGUCACCUGGGCGGUUUCGGUGGGUCCAAGAGGAUCACUCCGUCCACCAGUACCACCGUGGCAAAGAGAGUCUGUGUCGUUUUCUUCGGUGGGCCCGACGACCGCGAGGCUUUGGAGUUGGGGGGAAGGAUGGCGGAGCAUCCCGAGAUUAAAGUCUCCGUCGUACGGUUCUUGGAGGACCAAGGAGCGGCGCCCACCGGAAUCAUGCUGCGUCCGACGCCGGAGAAGUCUUCGGAGAAUAAUUACACCUUCUCCACCGCCGUCAUGGAUCGGGAGAGGGAGAAGGAGUUGGAUGAAGUGGCGGUGGCGGAAUUCCGGAGGAGGUGGGAAGGGAUGGCGGAGUAUACGGAGAGGGUGGCGAAGGAGAACAUCGUGGAAGGUGUGGUAGCCAUCGGAAGGAGCGGAGAGUACGAAGUAGUUGUGGUGGGGAAAGGUCGAUUCCCGUCAACGAUGGUGGCGGAACUGGCGGAUCGAUCGGCGGUCCACCCGGAGUUGGGACCCAUCGGCGAUGUGUUGGCGUCGUCUAGCCAUGGGGUUGUGAGUUCGGUGGUGGUGAUACAGCAACACGAUUUGAUGCACGGUAACGAAGUCCCUGCUAGCAAGAUCAUCGACGGCACCGAUGCUUUCCCUACUGCUACUGUCACUCCUAUAGGCACCCGCAUCACCACCGAUACGGUUUCAGUAUGAAGUGGAAUUGCAGAGAAAGAAAUCACAAGGGAGGAAUUGCUUUUUCCUUCCCCAUACCAAUACCAUACCAUACCAUACUUUUGAUGGACACGAAAAUAAUGAAGACGAUGGGUAAUGAGGAACUCUUUAAAGAUUUAAAAAAAUGCAUAUAGUUACCGCAAUGAUUGUAUUUUUUUUUUUUUUUUUUUUUUUUUUUUCUGUGGCGGGGUGGAGAGGGGAGGGGUGAAUUGGAGCUAUUUAUGCCUGUAAAUUUGUUAAUGGAUUCAGUUAGGAAUGUGCAUUUGGGAUUUAGGUCUCUUGGAUUUCUGAAGUUCUCCAUUGGUUCUUUGAUUUCAUAGAGGAAUUAUUUGAAUUGAGACUCGAUGAAAGUUUUUUUUUUCUUUUAAAUUGGCUCCUCUUGAAUUGAGACUCGAUGAAAGUUUUUUUUUUUUU